CUCACAGUAAAAAAAGAAAACAUGGCAGCUCUCAGGCUAGCAUGUUCAGGCUUACAUGCCCUCUAUUCGACCGUUCACGCUCCAAAUCAGGCCCUGAGAAGCUGCUGGGGGGCCGUGGAGCAGGUGAGGGGUUACUAUGUUAACUGGAGGAUGCUCAGGGACGUGAAGAGAAGACAGAUGGCCUUUGACUAUGCUGAUGAGAGGUUACGGAUCAACGCACUGAGGAAGAACACCAUCCUGCCUAAAGAGCUUCAGGAGGUGGCAGAUAAAGAAAUUGCAGAACUGCCCAGAGACAGCUGCCCUGUAAGAAUACGCAACAGGUGCGUGAUGACUUCCCGACCCCGAGGAGUGAAGCGGAGGUGGCGACUGAGCCGUAUUGUUUUCCGUCAUCUAGCUGAUCACAGCCAAAUGUCAGGGAUUCAGAGGGCAAGAUGGUGACUCUGUAGGCAUUGGACAAUUCAUUCACUUUGGAACAUGAUGAAAAAAACAAAUGGUGAUGAGAUUAUAACCAGCCAAACAUCAGCAUUCGAUACUGUCUGGAAACUCAACAGGUAUUCUAUUCACUACAAUGAAACAUCAUCCUCAACAGCUUGACAGUUGAAAAUAAAUCCACUGAAUAACUGCAGCAAGUUGUCGGUAUAUUGUAUAUACUGAAGAAGACGUACAUUUGUCCCUUCCAUCGACUGGUUUUCCAUGUUUCCAUAUGGUUCGUCUAAGCAUGAAAAUUAUCAAAUUUGUUGAAUUUUAACAGAAAAUUAUCUUACUUCUCAAAUGAACAAAUGUCCAAUAAUGUACCCAGAAAAGAUGAAUAAAUAUUGUUGCACAUUACAAACUA